AUGGCUCAGGUCCAAGGCCACUGCGAUGCCCGGUUUUCCAAGUUGCGCGACUUAAUGCAAGAAUCCAUUGCAUCUGGACAAGACAUCGGUGCCAGUCUGUGUAUCAAUAUCAACGGCGGGGACAACGUGGUGGAUAUAUGGGGAGGAAUCGCUGACGCGUCGACGAGGAAACCAUGGGAAAAGGAUACAGUGGUGAACGUCUUCUCAACCACCAAACUAGUCACCAACCUGGCAGCUCUGAUGCUGAUCUCGAGAGGCGCGCUCCGCCAAGAGGACAAGGUGGCCCAGCACUGGCCUGAGUUUGCGGCGAACGGGAAGUCUGAGGUCACAGUGGGCGAAAUAUUAUCCCACACAGCGGGUCUCAGCGCGUGGCAGGACAAAAUGACGCUAGAGGACAUAUGCGAUGUCGAGAUGGCAACCGACAAGCUGGCGCGCCAGGCAACGCUGUGGGCUCCCGGAACCGCAAUGGGAUACCACGGUUUGACGCAGGGGUUUCUCGUCGGGGAGCUGGUGCGAAGGAAGACGGGGAUGUCCCUUGAGAAAUUUGUAACGGAGGAGAUCUGCCGGCCGCUGGGCGACGGGGCGGACUUCCAAUUCGGGUGUCGCCAGGAGGACUGGAGUCGGGUGGCCCCCGUCAUACCUCCAUCGGGACCUUCGAUCCAAGAGGUGCUUAGCCAGCAGGUGGGAUAUGACCAGGACUCAAUUAUGGUGCGCACGCUUUGCAACCCUUUGCCCAAGGCAGAGGACGCCAACACUGUGCUCUGGCAGUCCAGCGUACUAGGCUCAGUUAACGGCCACACAAACGCUAGGGCAUUGGUCAAGAUUCUCUCCUGCUUCUCGCUCGGCGGGAUAUGUGCGGCAGGUGAUCAUCGCCUGCUGUCGGCUGAGACAGUGAAACUGGCGUUUACGGAACAUGCAAUUGGGAUGGAUCUGGUGACGGGGCGUAGCGGGAGGCGCGGACUUGGAAUCUACCUCACCGGACCUGGGUCGGGAAUCGCUGAAGGCAAGCUGCCGGAGGGGAGUGUUGGGUGGGGUAGCGGAUGGGGUGGUUCGAUCGUGGUUAUGGAUAGCGACAGGAGGCUCACAAUUGCGUAUACAAUGAAUAGGAUGCUAAAUGGAGAACAUCCUUCCCCGGCAGCGUAUAUAAAGGCGGUUUAUGAGAUACUUCAGGAGUUAGCCUAG